AUGCAGUUAACAAAAUAUUUGUGCCGCGAGAUGUAAACACAAAGCCAACGAAUGAAAGAUUGAAAGAAAUGCUUUUUCAAAUGGAAAAUCAGAAAUUAUAAGAUAUGAAUUUGGAACUUUUAGAAUCUUUUGGGCAGAACUACCCAGAGGAUUUUGAUGGAGCCUUGGACUGCAUCAGCAUUGCCAUUACCUGUGCCUUCAACAGACAGGGAACCUUAUUAGCUGUGGGUUGUAACGAUGGUAGAAUUGUCAUAUGGGAUUUCCUGACAAGAGGAAUUGCCAAAAUAAUUAGUGCUCAUGUCCAUCCUGUAUGCAGUCUAAGCUGGAGUCGGAAUGGAAAGAAACUGUUAAGUGCGGCGACAGACAACACAGCGUCAAUAUGGGACGUGGUGUCAGCAGAGUGUGAUAAAACAUUCAGGUUUCCUUCCCCCAUCCUGAAAGUGCAGUUUCAUCCUCGUGAUAGUAAACAGUUUCUUGUGUGUCCAAUGAAGCACCCUGCUGUACUAAUGAACAUCAGUGGAGAACACAGAGUUGUCCCUCUGGAUGAUGAUUCUGACCUGAACAUUGUUGCCUCCUAUGACAGAAGAGGUAAACACAUCUACACAGGAAAUGCCAAGGGCAGGAUCUUGGUAUUUACCUGCAACAAUUUGGAUCUGAAGGCAUCGUUUAGGGUAACAACUGGAACACUCAACACAACUGCCAUUAAAUCCAUUGAGUUUGCUAGAAGGGGGGAGUGUUUUCUGGUAAAUUCAGCAGACCGUAUCAUCCGAGUUUACGAGAGUGGGGAGGUCCUUGCCUGCGGUAAAGACGGAGAGCCAGAGCCAAUCCAAAAACUUCAGGAUCUGGUCAACAAACUUUUGUGGAAGAAGUGCUGUUUUUCGGGGGAUGGGGAAUUCAUUGUGGCAGGGUCUGCCAGACAACAUUCACUCUACAUUUGGGAGAAGAGUGUAGGUAAUCUGGUCAAAAUCCUCCACGGAACGAAAGGGGAACUCCUGCUGGAUGUGGUGUGGCAUCCUGUACGACCAAUCAUAGCCUCAAUAUCCAGUGGUCUGGUGUCAAUAUGGGCUCAAAAUCAAGUUGAAAACUGGAGUGCGUUUGCACCAGAUUUUAAGGAAUUAGAUGAGAACGUAGAGUAUGAAGAGAGAGAGUCAGAGUUUGAUGUCGAGGAUGAGGACAAAGAAAAAGAGGAAACUAAAGGUAAGUCUAAAAAUAACAAAAAGGAUAAAAAUUUCUCUUAA